CUGUUCCCUUUCUCGUAUGGGAUGGCUCUCAUAGUACGGGAUGAUUUCUUUGGAAUGGGCAAAGAAGUGGGGAAUCUGCUGUUGGAGAACUCGCAGCUGCUGGAGACCAAAAAUGCUUUGAACGUUGUGAAGAAUGAUUUGAUUGCCAAGGUGGACCAGCUGUCUGGGGAGCAGGAAGUGCUGAAGGGGGAGCUGGAAGCAACAAAGCAGGCCAAAGCCAAAAUAGAAACCAGAGUCAAGGAGCUGGAGGAGGAGCUGAAGAGAGUGAAAUCCGAAGCCAUCGUUGCCCGACGAGAGCCCAGAGAGGAGGUGGAGGAUGACAGCAUUCCCAUUGCCCAGCGCCGGCGCUUCACCCGCGUGGAGAUGGCCCGAGUGCUGAUGGAGCGCAACCAGUACAAGGAGAGGCUGAUGGAGCUCCAGGAGGCCGUCAGGUGGACAGAGAUGAUCAGAGCUUCCCGUGAGCACCCGUCCGUCCAGGAGAAGAAGAAAUCCACCAUUUGGCAGUUCUUCAGCCGUCUGUUCAGCUCUUCCUCCAGUCCCCCCCCAGCAAAGAGGACCUACCCCUCUGUGAAUAUCCACUACAAGUCUCCCACCACAGCGGGGUUCAGCCAGCGGCGCAGCCACACCAUGUGCCAGAUCUCCUCCGGCAGCCGCACCCUCGAGUUCUUCCCUGACGAUGACUGCACGUCCUCGGCACGCCGGGAGCAGAAGCGGGAGCAGUACCGGCAGGUCCGGGAGCACGUGCGGAAUGACGACGGGCGGUUGCAGGCCUGUGGCUGGAGCCUCCCAGCCAAGUACAAGCAGCUGAGUCCCAAUGGUGGUCAGGAAGACACUCGCAUGAAAAACGUCCCUGUGCCUGUGUAUUGUCGCCCACUAGUAGAGAAGGACCCAACCAUGAAGCUGUGGUGUGCAGCUGGAGUCAAUCUCUCAGGAUGGAGACCUUUGGAACUGGAGCCUGGGAAUGGGCAGAAAUUGGAUCCUGGGCGUGAUCCCCUCACCUGUGAUAGGGAAGUGGAAGGCGAGAACAACAAAAGUAACCAUACAUCUCCUGAGAAGAAAAAGGCAAAGGAACUCCAUGAGAUGGACGCCACAUCCAGCCGUGUCUGGAUCCUCACUAGCACACUGUCCACCAGUAAAGUUGUGAUCAUUGAUGCCAACCAGCCCGGCACUGUGGUGGACCAGUUCACUGUCUGCAACGCCCACGUGCUCUGCAUUUCCAGCAUCCCCGCGGCCAGUGAGAGUGACUAUCCCCCGGGCGAGAUCUUCCUGGAGGGGGAUGUGAAUCCUGAGGAGUCGGCUGGAGCAGACGGUGUCUUGGCAGGGAUCACGCUGGUGGGCUGUGCGACCCGCUGCAAUGUGCCACGAAGCAACUGUUCCUCGCGUGGGGACACACCUGUGCUGGACAAGGGACAGAGUGAGGUGGCUCCCGUCUGCAAUGGGAAGAUCAACCAGUCCCAGUCUACUGAGGAGGCAACAGAGGCUACGGAGGUCCCGGAGAGCAGUGCCAGCGAGGCAGAGCCGGCGCAGGCCCGGGCCGGGCCCCUCACCGAGCAUGUGUUCACAGACCCUGUCCCAGCACAGGCACCCAGGCAGAACGGGGAGAACGGGCAGCUGAAGACGGAGCCCAGCACAACGCUGCCAGAUCAAGAGCCAACCAGCGAUGCUGCUGGGACCUGCACCAGUGCUGCCCCCACCAUGUGGCUGGGAGCUCAGAAUGGCUGGCUUUAUGUGCACUCGGCUGUGUCCAACUGGAAGAAGUGUCUGCACUCAAUAAAGCUGAAGGACUCUGUGCUGAGCCUGGUGCAUGUGAAAGGGAGAGUCCUGGUUGCUCUGGCAGAUGGAACACUAGCCAUAUUCCACCGGGGAGAAGAUGGCCAGUGGGAUCUCAGUAAUUACCACCUGAUGGAUCUCGGCCACACUCACCACUCGAUCCGCUGCAUGGCUGUGGUCUACGAUAGAGUCUGGUGUGGCUACAAGAACAAAAUCCAUGUUAUCCAGCCAAAGACGAUGCAGAUUGAGAAAUCCUUUGAUGCCCACCCUCGGCGAGAGAGCCAGGUGCGACAGCUGGCAUGGAUUGGAGAUGGAGUGUGGGUUUCCAUCCGUCUGGACUCCACCCUGAGGCUCUACCAUGCCCACAGCCAUCAGCACCUGCAGGAUGUCGACAUUGAGCCUUACGUCAGCAAGAUGCUGGGCACUGGAAAGCUGGGUUUCUCCUUCGUGCGGAUCACAGCCCUUCUCAUCGCUGGCAACCGCCUUUGGGUGGGCACCGGGAACGGUGUCGUCAUCUCCAUUCCCCUGACAAAGACUGUAGUCCUCCACCGAGGCCAACUCCUUGGGCUCCGGGCCAACAAGACCUCACCAACCUCUGGAGAGGGCAGCCGCUCCGGUGGGGUCAUCCACGUGUACGGUGAUGACAACAGUGACAAAUCUGCCAGCAGCUUCAUUCCCUACUGCUCUAUGGCUCAGGCACAGCUCUGUUUCCAUGGACACCGGGAUGCUGUCAAAUUCUUCGUCUCUGUGCCUGGUAAUGUCCUUGCGACCCUGAAUGGGAGCGUGUUGGACAGCCCUUCGGAGAACCCCAGCACAGCAGCCACCGAGACUGAGGGGCAGAAGCUGAAGAACGUCCUUGUGCUGAGUGGAGGAGAAGGGUACAUCGAUUUCCGGAUCGGGGAUGGGGAAGAUGAUGAGACAGAGGAAAACGCAGGAGAUGCCACGCAGGUGAAGCCAGUACUUUCCAAGGCUGAACGGAGCCACAUUAUUGUGUGGCAGGUAUCAUAUAUCCCUGAGUGAGAAUUCCUCCUUCCCCUCAAUGUAAGUGUCCCUCCUCCCGCCUGAAUGCCAAGAUGUACAUACAGAACGCCUGCAUUAUAACUCCUGCUGGAAACUGACCCCGGACAACUGCAACGGCUCCUGCCUCAGACUGUGACCCCCUCGGAACUCGCAGCUUUCAUCUCGGGCCCGUGUGCUUUCGGCAUGGUUGGAUUCUUGUUCUGCUCUGGAGCUGGCAUCUGCAAGGAGAGAAAUGGCAGCGCAUCGUGAAGUGAGCUUGGAGCCAGGACUGUGGGAAGCCUUUGCCCAGCUAGAGCGGGGUGGCUCAGGUUCUCGGGCAGGUUGCCUCACUCCCACCUGCAUGAGAAAGAAGUGUGUCCCCAGGCAUCCCCUGCAAAGCACUGGUGGUGAAUCACUUCUACAGAAAUCCCUUCUAGUUCACCGGUGGACUCUCCACCUUAUCCACCCUUAAGCACAGAAUAACAUCCCAUGGACUGAGAGCAGAUAAGUCCAAGGAGGCCUCAGUAGAAAAGAGCAUCAUGAUUUGGGCAACCCUUCUGCUGCUGGGCUGGAGGAGGCAGCAGCACCAUUACUGUGGGGUUCAUAUCCUCUGUCUUUGCAGUGGGAAGGUCCUGUCCUCUGCUGCUGCUGUUGUCUCAGCAGUUGUGUGCUGGGUGCCUGUGUGUGUGUCCCAAGAGGAUUGUUUGGUGGCCUCAGAUGGCAAAUGGGUGUUUGAUUGUGGAGGCCACAUGGCUGUGGUAGCAAAGGGGUACUGGAACACUGCUUUUUCAAGAGCAGAAAAGACAACACCUAACUCCCCCUUCUAAAAAUGCCAGGCAGUAAAGAACUCCCGAGUUGGUUCUGAAAGGUUCAGAAGAAAGUUAUCUCUGCAUUGCAUUUGGUGGCUUUUAAAACACAUGCGAGGGCAGAGGGUGGUGAUCUGCUGUGAAUUCUCAUUAACACAUUGACAUUGCCUUGACUCAAGGCUAUGUCCCCUUCCCAGGAACUGCUGGAAGGAGAUCUCUGUUUUCACAGGAAAACAGAUUGGCUGUCAGUUGGGAAAGACUGGAUGUGCAGUCAAGGUACAAAAAGGCCAUGUCUCACCUGAAGUCACAUAGAAAAAGGAAUUGAGGACAGAUUUCCCAGCAUCUUUUAUCUAACACUAACUGUGUUAGUAAGUAGUUUAAAAAGCUGGAAAUGUCUGACUCCUGAAAAAAGUUGACAGCCCCUUAGAGAAGUGGUGACGGCCCUCCCUGUGUAAGCACUGCUGGGCGAUGGCAGAUGUGCAAAAAUACGGGGCCAAGGAGAGUGGUUUUGAGCUCAAGGUGCAGAAUGUGGCAGCUCCAGGUGUAGAGGCAGUGGUGUGUUCCCCCUUUCUGUCAGCAGAAACAGUCCCAUCCAACAAGGACAAGUUCCAUGUCCCCAGAGGACUCCUUUCUGAAUGUGCAGGACUAGGGCAAGUCGCAGUUGUUAGUUAUAAAUUUGGAAGCUCCUGGUGGUCAUCUUGUUUCUUCCUUGAGCUGUGCAGCACUCUGGGGUUCACAGGGACAUCCUUAUGACAGUAUAGGGACAGUUGGGCAAGCCUCCAUCUCCCAGAAAGCUCACAGCUGUGUCCUGUGCUUGCUGCCAUGGGCCAGGCUGUUCACAAGGCUUGUGGUCUAAAGCUCCUGCUGUGCUGCAGGGAUGCCAUGUUCCCAGGUGAUGCUCUAACAGGUGGCAUCUCUGCUGAUGCAGCAGCACUGAAACGAUUUUUGGAUCCACAGUUCAGGAAAGGCUGGGGCAUACAUUGCCCCUGCAAGGAGGCAAGCAACAUCUCUGGUGAAUAAAGGCCUCAGCCAGCUGCAGUGGUGCCCAUGGCUGCCUGUGAGAAGUGCUGGUGACACACCACCCACACCAGUCCUCCCCAAGGCAGGAAUCCAGCCGGAGAGAGUCUUCCAGGCAUCAGCACACUGGGCUCUGUGGCUGGCACUGGGUUAAGGGAUACCUGGAGUCACCAUCUGCAUGUGGGGGGACCUUUCACCAGGGACAUUUCACUGGGCCACUGCUGACCAUGCCAGGCUUCUCAUUCACUUUCCCCAUAUGCUUUCUGCUAUGAAGAGCUCUUUGGGUCCCAACACAGAGUGCAUUAAGUUAAGAAUAUAACAUUUAAAGCACAGAUUCCACUGUCAUGUAACAGUUCAUCAGUUAGGGCCAGAUAAACUUCAGAAUUUGGACUAGUUGAAGGGGAAAAAAAAAAAAAAAAAAAAGAAAAAAAGCCCUGGUAGAGUCCAGUUCCUUCACUCUGUCAACUUCUUUUGGAGGAAAAUCAGAAUUGUAACAUUUGUACCUCUGACUGUUUGUUCUGUAUCUGGUUUGAGCAGUUGAAGGGACAGCACUUGGUCUUCUGUCACCCACUGGGCUCCGGCAACAUGAGGAAAUCAGUCUGGGGCCUCUACCACCAGGUUCCUUUCCAGCUCGGUGCAUGUUUUCCUCCAAGAGAAGCACAUAGCCCAGAGGGGCAGCUCCAGGGGGAGACCUGGCCUCUGCUGGCAGCUCCUGCAGCCUUGGGUGGCUGCUGGGCAUCAAGGUGAGAACUGACUGGCUUCAGCACACUUCCCUGUCAUAUCUCCACUGUGAUGUAUGUAAAGUAUCUUGUAUGUUACAAAAGGAUUUUAAAAAGUGUCUCAAGGCCUGUAAACUCCGCUGUUCGGUCUGAAGAUGGCAUUCUGUAAAGAGCCUGCUGUAUUAAUACGUUCCCAUGCUUUGUCCCCUAUGCUAUCAACAACAAACCAUAUCUGUUCUGUAUGUAAUAAACGUGUUAACAUCA